UUCUCAAAAGCAUGGCUGACGAUGAGAACGUGUCGACGACGACAGGAACGGGAAUGGUCACGAGCAGUGUCCCCGCAUCACAGUCCUUUCUCGACACGCUCGCCCAGUCCCGCGCUCAGUCCCCUCCCACACUCCUCGACAAGGACAUUCGCGACCUCGCCAUCAAAACGCUCGCUUCAGACUUUUUAAAUGUUUCGGAUGCCAAUGUCGCCCUUCGAGCGUACUUGGUUGAAACAACACUUCCUGCUUGUGUCUUGGCUAUGGAGGCUCUCAUUAAAAAUGUAUUGAAAGGGAAUCGACUAGAGAGCGAUGGCACCCUUUUGCCUCUCGAGCCGGAUGAAAAGGAUGGCAAGCAAGACAAUAAAGAGAAGCAAAAAGACACGAUUGAUUCCAUCAAUUGGUUGGCACAACACUUGUACCGCAACAACCCCCGCUUUGCCAACUUCACAUCCCCAACGCCCUCCCCCUACCUCACCUCCCUAACAACAACCACAACCCUCCUCAAAUCCCGCCUCUUUGACAUUGAAGCGACAGCACAAGCUAAAAAACGCGCCCAGGAAAUCCAAAAACGACAAGAAAUGGAACGAGAAGCGAGGAUGGAAAAGGAAAAGCAAGCGGAGAGAAUCAAGGUUUUUAAAGAGUUGUUUGGGACCGUGUUCAAGAGGUGGUGUCAGAGGCUUUGGAGGGUUUCUCCUGGGUUUGUUUAUCAUUUUGAAGUGCUCGAAGCAUACAAGAAAAUAUUCGGCACAGACACACUUCAAAGCACACCCGACCUCCUGUCUAAACUUAAUUCCCUCAUCGCCUCUCUCCCCUCUUUGUCACCCACCCCAACAUCCCGUCCCUCCUCCGCUACCUCUACCCUCAGCGCUCCCAAAUACACACUAGAAGACUACACAACAACUCAUCUUUCCCUAACCUCCACCUGGACCAUCGCAGAUUUACAACUCUUUCUCUCGAAACUCUCGGCGCACAUUGACAGCACCGGCGAAACACUGAAGACAGGUUUCACAACCUCCUUUUUCUCUCCCGUCAUAGAAGCACCCACAAGCGACGCAUGGAUAAAGACAAUCUCGACCGCGAUUGACACGUUCAACGAUGAAGAUGACACAGUCGACGUACAGGGCGUCGUUGAAUUAUGGAAGGGAUUCCAAAAUGAACUUGGGACUAAAAGCAUUGCGGAAAUUGAGGCAGAAUAUCGGGGGUUUUGUAAAAUGGUGUCGAGUUUGUUGGGCGUCAAGACGUUUCAGGGAUUGAUGGCUCAUUUUCGCCGAACGCUUCCGACGAAUGGGGAGGGUGGUGAAGGUCGUACGUUUACGCCUCCUACGGAUGUGACCACCACCACCGCCGCCGUCCCUGCCUCCAUAACCGCCGGUGAUACCGUUGUUGAUAUCACCCAAGCACUGACAACCAUCUUUUAUACGCUCACCGAAACCACCACCCUCACCACCAAAUCGCUUACAAUCCUCCUAACCCCGCAAGAAACAUUCCCGGAACUGUCAUCCCUAACAGAACAUAUACCCACCUCCGAUCUAACCCUCCAAGAAUUCAUUGAAUACCUCUCACCAGUCUUUUCCAACCUCUCUCCAGAGGAAACCGGACGACUCUUGACGCAUUUACGCGAAACGGCGCUUUCGAUCCGUUUAUCGGCGCUUUUUGAGCGGUUGAGUGGUGGGAAGGGUGUGAUUGAUCCUACCGUCUUGUCAUCCCUGUUGGAUCGCAUAGAGGAGUCAAACCUGAGUGCAGGGCAAGAGCUUGGAGAUUUACAGAUACAAGCGUUUGAUGCUACGAAAGAAUGGUUACAAGGUUCAACCCAAAUGGACCAAAAAGAAUUCAUCCAGAAAGGCACACACAUCUUUUCUGCCGACCCCUCUGAAUCCAUUACCGUCCUCUCAAAAAUCUCCAAAUCCCUCGACACCAUAUCCGCGCCAAAAACCAAUGAAGAAGAAAAAUACACUCAAACCCUCCAAACCCUCGAAACCCUAACAAAAGACCCAACCCAACCCCUCGAAACCCUCACAAAAACCUUUUUACAAACAAUUCACAAAAUCCUUCCACUAGAGAUGGAGAUUUCCUUACAACACGGCUCUCAAACCAUUUAUACCAUCAACACGACAACACCCGAAAGUGAACCUUUAUCAAAUCCUUUCAUCCUCCCAAUCUCAACUCCCAUUCUGAACGGUACAUUCACAAUCAACAAUCCACCACCCACCCCCUUUUUCUCCCAAUCAACAGAAAUCCUGUGUCGUAUCAUUCAAUCCGUAGUGGAUUUGAAUGACGCUUUGGUGUUUGCACGGGAUUUCAAGGUGGGGUGUGGUGGAGAGGUUUUUGUUUGUGUUCCUGGGAAUGUGUUUCGGGUGCUUGAUAAUGUGCAAGAGAAGCGGGAAGGGGAUCGGUGGGCUAGGCCCUUGGGAAUGGAACUUGUCAGAAUGGGACCAGAGGAUCCUGAAUGGCCCGACCUCCAACCCCCGACAACAACCUACACCUCCCUCCCUCCCCUCCUCCUCAAAGCCCCCACAGAAACCUUUCUAUUCCCCCAAACACCAACCCCCCUAAAAGAUCUAAACACCCUCAUCCCAACACCAAACAACCCGCACCUCCUCCUCCCAAAACUCCGACUCUACGGCGCGAAAACGGCGUUAGUGUCUCUCGAUGCUCGUGUUGUGAGGGAAUUAAAGUCGUAUCGUCGACCGCCGGCGGUUGUUAAGAGGGUUGUUAGGGGUGUGCUGUAUUUGUGUGGUGUGGCGCCUGCUAAAGUCAAAACCUGGCACACCCUCCUCACAUACCUAACACCAGCCCUAUUAACAACCCUCCAAACCCACAUCCCAACAAACACACCCAAACCCCACAUUCGCCGCGCCAAAAGAGUGUUACGCCGUCUCCCAGAGGAUGUGGAAGCUAGGGGGAGUUUACCUGCUCGUGUAUUACGGGAAUGGUGUUUGGGUGUUAUUGAGGUUUGGGAGGGGGCGAGGAAGCGGAUUGAUCGUGGUGGUGGUGAUGAUGUUGUUGUGGGUGAUGUGGAGCAAGUACCAAAUAAUGAUUUAGAAGAGGAGGAAGAUGGUGAGGAUGUUGAUGAAAGUGAUGAUGACGAGGUUGAAGAGGGUGAAGAGGGUGAAGAUUUACAAGAAGAUUUACAAGAAGGUGGUCAAGAUCUUGAUGAGGGGACUCUGGAAUCUCGACCACUUGACUCUGACCAAGAACCGUUGGAAAACUUGACAUUGUAAAAAACAUAGAGAUAACUUUUAAUAAAACGUAUUCGUUAAAAAGA